UUAGUGUCAAACCAUUAACAAUCCUAAGUUAUACACAUACGAACUAUCCCCACACGAACUUGUCCCGAAAAACAUAUCCCUGAAACCAAAGUAAGAUUGAGCAGCAUCAUGAUUUAUCUACAGCGAUGCUGCUGCUGCGUGGAUCUGCGCAUGGGCACCAUUGUAGUUGGGAUAUUGCACAUUUUGUUUAACAUUCUCACCGGUGUGAUUGUUACCCUAUUCGGAGAGAUGGGCCAUCCCGAUGCUUGCCAACGUCUGUACAUCAUUUUCACCAUGAUUCACAUUCUAAGUUGCGUCUUCUUGAUCAUCGGUAGUUUUCGCUUAAGGAGCAGCUGGAUGCUCUUCUACAUAUUGAUGACCAUGAUCCAGAUCCUGGCCUUUAUUAUACUCAUCAUAGCCGAUGUUAUACUCAGGAUUUGGUUUUGGGUGAUUAUCAUCUAUGCCCUAUUGAUACCGGUUACCCUAUACUUCUGGCUGGUGGCCUACUCCUUCUACGCCGCACUGGGAGGAGCUCUCUUUAUCUAAUCUAAAUCCUCUACCUUACAGAUUUUCCGUUAUUUUAAAAUUGUACGCAUGUAGAUUGUAAAUAUAAAAAAUUUCGGUUACCUGACUCUGCCGCGCCUUA